AAUUCACAACCUGCCAGCCAAGUCUUCUCGAAAUUUGUCUGAAAGUCUUAAUCUAUGCGAUGAGAAAACAGGGGAGGUUGAGCUUGACAUGGGUCUUUCUCUCUGUUUUUCUUCUUCUGGCUGCUGCCUGUAUUCUGUCUGAAACAGUAGUAGCUAAUGGUGGAGGAGGAGGAAUUGUGGAAGGGAAACUUAACGUUCAUCUGGUUCCUCAUUCGCACGACGACGUUGGGUGGUUGAAGACCAUUGAUCAGUACUAUGUGGGCGCAAAUAACACAAUUCAGAAUGCCAGCGUUCAGAAUGUGCUGGAUUCUGUCGUUGCUGCUCUGCUCAAGGAUCCCAGCAGGAAGUUUGUGUUCGCUGAAAUGGCCUUCUUCAAUCGUUGGUGGCGCGAGCAGACCAUGACGACACAAGACAUAGUGAGGAAACUAGUGAAAUCCGGGCAACUAGAAUUCGUAAAUGGUGGUUGGUGCAUGCACGAUGAAGCUGCAACGCAUUACAUAGACAUGAUUGAUCAAACAACCCUCGGGCAUCGGAUGAUCAAGGCCGAGUUCAACAGCACGCCUCGAGCCGGUUGGCAGAUCGAUCCUUUUGGUCACUCUGCGGUCCAGGCCUAUCUCCUUGGAGCGGAGGUUGGAUUGAUUCUGUACAUUUCGCGAGGAUCGAUUACCAAGAUAGAGUGAAGAGGAAAGGUGACAAGUCUCUGGAAGUCAUAUGGCGUGGCUCUAAUACCUUUGGUUCCUCGUCGCAGAUAUUUGCCAAUGCAUUCCCAGUCCAUUAUGCCCCACCUCAAGGUUUCCAUUUUGAAGUUGGUGAUGAAGACAUUCCUAUCCAGGAUGAUCCUCUUAUUUUCGACUAUAACGUCGAUCAACGUUAAGGACUUUGUGGAUGCAGCCAAAGCACAGGCCAAUGUGACAAGGACAAACCACAUAAUGUGGACAAUGGGAGAUGAUUUCCAGUACCAAUUUGCUGAGUCAUGGUUCAGGCAAAUGGACAAGUUCAUUAAAUAUGUCAACAAGGAUGGAGAAAUCAAUGCCUUGUACUCCACGCCAUCUAUCUACACCGAUGCGAAAAAUGCAGCAAAUGGGUCCUGGCCGCUGAAAACCGAUGAUUAUUUCCCAUAUGCUGAUGGAGACAAUGCCUAUUGGACUGGCUACUUUACCAGCCGCCCUGGAUUCAAGAGAUUUGUGCGGCAGCUCAGUGGAUACUACUUGGCUGCAAGACAAGUUGAGUUCUUGGCUGGGAAAAACAAAACUCUUCCCAACACUUCCAAGCUUGGAGAUGCUUUAGGGGUAGCUCAGCAUCAUGAUGCUGUGUCUGGCACUGCCAAACAACACACUACUAAUGACUAUGCCAAACGUCUGGCUAUCGGUGCCACUGAGGCAGAGGCCACUGUUAGUUCUGCAUUUUCAUGCUUAGUCAGUAACAAAAUCAAAGGUCAAUGUGGAGGCUCCCAAGAUACGACAUUCAGCCAGUGUCAAUUGUUGAAUAUCAGUUAUUGUCCAUCAACUGAAGCGGGAAGCUCGAAGCCACUAGUGGUUGUUGUAUAUAACCCCCUUGGAUGGAAUCGUACCGAUAUAAUUAGAAUUCCGGUCAAUGAUUCUUCCCUUGUUGUGACUGAUUCCUCUGGGAAAGCCAUUGAAUCACAAUUCGUACCCGUGGACAAAGUCACUAGCGAAUUGAGAAAUUUUUACCUCAAGGCAUACACAGGGCAGUCAUCCAACCAAAUUCCUCAGAACUGGCUUGUCUUCCAAGUAACCGUGCCUCCUCUUGGUUGGGCAACUUACUUCAUCUCCAAGGAACCCAAGACUGCAGAAAGGACACACAGUGACAAUAACUCUUUGAAGGACACUGCUGUUGAUGAAGUGGUUGAAAUUGGACCUGGAAAUCUCAAGAUGUUGUUUUCUUCAGCUUCCGGCCAGCUCACUCGGAUGUUUAACAAAGUAACAGGGGUGGAUACACCGAUACAGCAAAGCUAUCUUUGGUAUGCAUCAAGUACUGACAGCCAGCAAAGUUCCGGUGCCUACAUUUUCCGGCCCGACUCUAAUACACCUACCAUUGUUGCACAAUCAGUCCAUCUCGAUGUCUUUCGCGGACCACUAGUUCAUGAAGUUCACCAGCAAUUCAGUCCAUGGAUCUACCAGGUUACAAGACUUUACAAAGACAAACAACAUGCAGAAAUUGAAUACACUAUUGGCCCAAUCCCAACUGAUGACAACAUAGGAAAAGAAGUUAUCACAAAGAUGACAACAAACAUGGUGACAAAUAAAACAUCCUAUACCGACUCUAAUGGAAGAGACUUCCUGAAGAGGGUAUAUGAUCAGAGAAAUGACUGGAACCUGUCUGUCAACCAACCUAUUGCUGGAAACUAUUAUCCACUUAACCUGGGAACAUUCAUCACUGACUCGAAAUCCGAAUUGUCUGUCCUGGUUGAUCGUGCCACCGGGGGAGCCAGCAUCAACGAUGGUGAAAUAGAACUCAUGCUGCACAGGUCCCCGCCUCAUAAUUUGUUAUACAUGCGUUCCACACUAGCUAUUACUACUAGAGAUGGAAACUCACUGCUGCAUCACAUAUUUUUGUUGGAUUGAAGGCGAAUUCUACAAGAUGAUGGCAGAGGUGUUGGCGAGCCCCUCGACGAACAAGUCUGCGUUGGAGAAUCUUGCCAAGGACUGACUGUUCGUGGAAACUACUAUGUGAACAUCAACAAGUUAGGUGGUGGAGCAACCUGGCGAAGAACAACUGGGCAAGAGAUAUAUUCACCGCUGCUUCUAGCCUUCACGCACGAGGAUGAGAAGACAUGGAAAGCCUCUCAUUCGACGUCAGGAACUAUGAUGGAGACAGGAUAUAGCCUGCCACUCAAUGUUGCUUUGAUCACCCUAGAGGAGCUGGAUGAUCAAACUGUGCUGCUCCGCUUAGCUCAUCUUUAUGAGGUUGGAGAGGAUGCUGCAUAUUCGACAGUGGCCAAAGUUGAACUGAAGAAGAUGUUUACCGGGAAAGAGAUAAAGGAAGUGAAAGAAAUGAGUUUAUCAGCAAACCAGGAGAAGUCUGGAAUGAAGAGGUUGAGUUGGAAGGUUGAAGGAGACGGUGUGGAUGAAACGGCACCGGUUAGAGGUGGCGCCGUUGAUGCGUUAAUUCAGGUUGUCGAGCUUGGUCCCAUGGAAAUCCGUACUUUUGUAUUGACAUUUUCAUGAAAUAUUGAUUUUCAUCAUACCAAACCCUUGAGUUUGGUACAUGAAAUUUACAUAUUGAGCAUGGUUUAUUUCUCUCCUUUCUCUAUGAAAGAUAAUGAAAUAUAAUUUUCUCGUCUCCAAUCAAUUUUCUGUAAUUUCUCGAGUUACAAGUUGUCUCGAUACUAAACUUCCACAUUCUAUUGACAAUAAUCCUCAUCUAUCC